GCAUUUAGCUCAACCCACAAUUGAUUGCGGAACUUCCGGCCGCCAAAACAUGAAAAAUGUUGUCAACCUGAAUACUUAAAAUGUCGAGUCUUCCAAAUACCAUGAACGAACAACAUCAAGAAAUCAGAGAAUGGCUUGAUAAUGUAUUUGGAGGCGAGCCAGUACCUUCAUAUGAACUCAAUAAAACCACUAUACGGGUGUUGUACAAUCUGAUGAGGAAAAAUGUGACUGUCGAUGAGGACACACAACAUGUCAUCGCCGACCUUCGACAGAAAACACAGGAAUAUAAUGCUGAAGCCGGAAGACUGGAGCAUAUUCUGAGAGGUGUCAGUCUAACAUCUUCAGUGUUGUCACAGUCGGGUGUGAUGAGUCUGAGAACUCUGGCUAAUGUCGCCCUUCUCCUACAGAUCAAAGAUGUAUCCGAUACUACUUAUAUGCUGGCAUUGCAAGCCCUGCAGGACGAACUGUUCAAAACAGAGGAGAGUUAUCGCCAAGAACAGACAACUCUGCAGCAGCUCAGGGACAAAUCUAAGAACGCUCUCCUGAAAUAUAAUACCAUCAAAAGGAGCCUUUCGGUGCUACAAGAGCAGGCCAAGAGUCGACACCCAGAGAUGGAGGGAAAGGCAAAAGAAACGGUUUUCUCACGCAGCAAAGCCAAGGAGUACAAGGAAAAGAUCAGUCAACUACAGAAAAUGUUAUCAAGUACAGGAGUGGAUUCCUCUGUAUACCACAGAGAACUUGUUCACAAGUCUGAGGAACUACAGAAGCUGAAGGAUCAAAUGGCACCACUGAAGGGAAAGCUACAGACCUACCACAGCCUGCCGCCGGAUAUUUCAUUAACAAAAGUGAAACUGGAAGAAAUGAAGAGGGAAGUGGAUAUGUUGGAGUCGGAGGUGUGUAAAAAUAUUGACCUGAUGCACAUAUGAAAAUACAACCAGGAACUUAUUCAUAUAUCUAUGGC